GAACAUUGGAAUUCCACGUAAAUUCCAAUACAGUCAUUCCUUUCAUCUAAGCAUUCACCGUGGUGUUUGCUGCUUCCCUUCGCUUUAUACCAACUUGGUCGCGAUGGCACCAACAUACUCUCAUUUGCAGCUGUCGUGGCUGAUUGUCUCAUUUUUUGGGUAUUUGAGUUACUCAUUGAAACUACAACCAAUAACCUUAACGUCUGCUAGCCUCGCAGCAGGUUCGCUGCAUUCCACCUCUUUAGCACUACGAAAUAACGAAUCAUUUUUAUGGAGUAGCACAAUUGGUGAUAGUACAACUCUUGCAACACUUACUCUGCAUACACCAGAUGACGGCGAAAGCAUUAUCAGCCUUGAGCGCCUUCAAGGCCUGACCACAUCUAUUAAGUGCUCCAAUGAUACAAUAGCCUUGCAAUUAAACGAUGCAUCAGCAUAUGUGCAGCUGCGUAAUCAAUGGGACUGGAUGAACCAAGCGGAAAACAAUACCGUUAUUUUAGUCACGGGUGCUGGCCAGUGUGACUGGAAUGAGGAUCGUCAGCCUUUUUCUAUAUCAUCAUUCAGCUACAGUAACAAUAACACCGAACUUGUCUUGUCCGGCUCUAGGGUCGAAUGGCGCGAGAUCGCAUCAAACUACCACCUUCAUAUGAGUACAAUGGCCCAGACAGCCCUGUCCCGACGCGAUUACACCGGAGAUUACACUUUGGACUUCAAUCACCAACUCGGAUUUGGAAACUGGAGCUUCCCAAUCGACCCUACAUUUUCGGUCGGUCUCACCUGUAAGACUUGUUACACCACAGGCGACUUUGCCUUCGAAUUCGAUUUGAAAACUGAACUGGGUAUUCCCGUGGAUGCAACCCUUACUAUUGCCCCUCGAAAUGUCUCAGUCGUCCUCGAUCCUACUUUCUCGCUUAGCGGAAAUAUCGGCAGCAGUCUAUCAUUCAAAGAAACCUUCCUUCGUAUUCCUAUUGAUGGGAUUGCUGUUGCAGGUAUCAUCGAUCUAGGACCUGAGAUUGCAUUCACCGGGUCCUUAAAUAUUGGGCCCUUGAAGGGCACGGCAUCCGUUACAGCGCGUCACGCUAGCGUAGAGGAUCAGCUGAGAUGCAUCUCGAUCUUCUUCGCCAUCCGACUUUAAGUCUGCUGGUUGGACCCCACGGGUUUCUGGAAUUACGCCCUCUGUAUCAACUUCUAUUAGCGCGGGGAUAUCUCUGAGCCUAGUAGCCGAUGUUGAAUUCGACAUUACGGUGCUUGGUGAAGGACUAUCGGCUGGGAUCGGACUGCAACCUCUAGUAGGAGCAACGCUAUCUGCUAUUGACGGU